AGUUUCCAGAUUAGUGACAGAAACACGUCGACUGGCUGACAGGAAGCAGCGGCAUGACGAUGGCGGAGGCAGCAGCUCCAGAGCUGUUCUCAGAGCAGGAGUUAACCUGCUCCAUCUGUCUGGACCUGUUCGAUGAGCCCGUCUCCACCCCCUGUGGACACAACUUCUGUCAGGCCUGUAUCGGAGGUUACUGGGCGUCCAGUCCUGUGUGCACCUGUCCUCUCUGUAAGCGGCAGUUUGAAGAACGUCCUCAGCUCAGCGUCAACAAAGUCUUCGCUCUCAUCGCAGAUAAAUACAAACAGGCUCGUUAUGGCGCCGCAGGGUUACCUAUGCCCGUCAGGGACGGGCUGCCUGCAAUGACGGGCGCUAUGACGACAACUGCCGCAGACGCCGGCGGCACUAACCCGUUUGUGACGGCGUCAGGUGAGGAGGUGGUGUGGUGUGACGUGUGUACAGGUGUGAAAAAGCCUGCUGUCAGCUCCUGUCUCACCUGCACCGCUGCAUACUGCACUGAGCACCUGCAGCCACACCAGACCACGCCCUUCUACUCCAAACACCCACUGAUGGACCCCCUGGAGGCCCUCAGGGGCCGCACCUGCAAGACACACCGCCGCCUGCUGGAGGUAUUCUGUCGGACGUGUCAGCGCUGCAUCUGUGCCAUCUGCGUCCUGGAGGAACAUCGGACACACAAAACUGUCUCUGUCCAGACCGAGAGACUCAGUAAACAGAAACAUGUGGCGAGGACGGAGCAGGAGAUCCUGAACCGGAUGAAAGAGAAGGAGAUUCUUGUGACUCAGCUGAAGAGGAAGUUGGAGGGAGUCAAGAGCUACGCAGACGGGGAGCGAGGGGAGGUGGAACACCUUUUGGACGAAGUGUCUGGCGCGUUGGACAGGAUCCGGUCUCAGGUGGUGGGCGGGAUCCAGCACCAGCUGGACGCUGUGAUGUCAAAAGGAGGGGGUCUGGUGAGUCGUCUGGAGGCGGAGCUUAGCCAGCUGAUGGACAGGAGAGCCACGCUGGAGGUGCAGGCCAUCAGUCAGGAUCAUAUUGGCUUCCUGCAGAGUUUUGAGGAUGCCACAGCUCCUCUGGCCGAGGACCAGCAGGACGAGGUGGACGAGGAUGAGUUCUCCCUCCACUUCCAGCUGGGGGAGGUGAAGAGCGCCCUGUCUGACGUCAAGGACAAGAUGGAUGACAUCAGGAUGGGGGAGGUCCACCCCAGAGGCUCCAGAGGGUCCCGAGGGUCCGGUGGGUCCCAGUUGGACGUGUCGUCAGGUGACCUGAUGAUGGCAGAGAGCAUGCUCAGUCUGAGCAGGAGCACGACCAGUCUGAGGAAGAGUCAGUGGUCUCUGAGAGAAAUGAAGAAGAUGAAGCCGGUCUCUGGACAUAAGAAGGCUCGAGUCUACAUGGAGGAUGUGACAUUGAACCCGGUGACGGCGUACCCGUUCCUGAUCCUGUCUGAGGACAGGAAGCAGCUUAAGCGAGGUGAGAAGCUCCAGUUCUACAGGAACAGUCAGCAGCGCUUCGACGUCUGGUCCUGCGUCCUUGCCAAAGAGAGCUUCAGCACCGGGCGACACUACUGGGAGGUGUUUGUUGGGGAGAGUAAGGACUGGAAGCUGGGCGUGGUCAGCGAGUCGGCGCCCAGGAAAGGCCUGUUCGACAUGAGCCCGUCUAACGGAUACUACGCCAUCUGGUGGAGCGGCAGCCAGAUGAGGGCGCUCACUGCUCCGCCCCUCACCAAGGUGAAGAGUUCUCCAAAGUUGCGUCAGGUGGGCGUGUUCCUGGACGUGGAGGAGGGUCAGGUGUCCUUUUAUAACGUCAAGUCUGGCUCAGAGAUCUACAGCUUCACUGGAUCCUCCGAGUUCACCGAGAAGAUGUUUCCUCUGCUGGGGACCGGAGACAAAGAGGUCCCCCUGGUCCUCAUGACCACACAGCACCAACUGGCCUGAGGGAUGUGACCAGAGGAGGGGACACGGAGGUCCAAAUCUGGGGGACAUAAUGGGAGAAGACAGAGGGGGACACUUGGACAUUAACAGCUGUCAGAGGACGUGGAUGUGGGGACGUCCAGCAGGACAGACACAGUCUCACCACAGAUGAAACAGAUUUCAAAGAUCUGACAGAAGUCGACAAGUCACUGCCACAAAACGAAAAUCUGCUGAGUUUACUGAUCUAAAAAGUUUAGUUUAAUAAGUUCAUCAUGAAACAGACUAAAAUAUUAUUCUUAUUAAAACUAAAUCAAAUUAUGAACAUGUAUUUAUAAAGUGUGUCAUAGUAAAUUAUUCUAGCUCAUGAAAAGCUGUUGUUUUAAAAUGUCGUCAUAAUAAGAACAAAAAUCUGUCAGCUGAUGAGGACACCCGUGUCACCUGUCUGAAGCAACAUGUGAGUGAGUCUGUAAUAAACAAUAUUAAUAAUAAAAACAAAGUGAAACGUCACAAA